CAGUCCAGAAGGUGAUGCUUCAACGCUCAUUUCCUCUGCUUGUAAUUCGCGUGAUUGCGCGGGUGCUCUGUUUAGAAUUGCGGCGCUAAAAUGCUUUUGUGAGGAUGGCCCUUCAAUCAACGCCCCGUGUGACUUGAGAGCUGCCGCUCAGGAUGGCAUCACCGCUCCUGGUCUUGCUUCUUGCCAGCGCGCUGGUCGCCUCCUCCUCCUCCUCCGGCCGGGCGUCAGCCGCCGCCGCCGCUGCGGCGCCAUUCCGGCAGUCCCAGAUGUUUGACUUCAUGGCCGGCGGCAGCGGUGCGGUGGACGGGGAGGGCUCGGGGGAAAUCAUCGACGUCGCGCACAGCGGGUCGGCUCGGCCACUCCCGACUCCGCGUCCGCCCCCCCGCGCCGAGCACUCGUGCCCCUUUGGCUGCCAGUGCAACCACAAAGUUGUGCAGUGCUCCGACCUCGGACUCCGCGACGUGCCAAGCAAAAUUCCGCUGGACACCACGCUGCUCGAUCUGCAGGGCAACAAGCUGACCGAGAUCAAAGAAGACGCCUUCAAGAAUCAGGCCAAGCUGCACGUUCUCAUCCUGGCGAACAACAAGAUCUCCAAGAUCCACCCGAAGGCGUUUCUGCCCCUGGUGAGCCUCGACCGCCUGUAUCUGUCAAAGAACCAGCUCGAGGAGGUGCCGCCCAACUUGCCCAAAUACCUCACCGAGCUGCGCCUCUACGAGAACCGCAUUUCCAAGGUGCCGAGGGAGAUCUUUUACGGACUCAAGCGUCUGAACGCGAUAGAGAUGGGAAACAAUCCUCUGCAGAACAGCGGAAUAGACGUCGGCUCCUUCAAGGGAUUGGAUCGCCUCACCUACAUCCGUCUGUCUGACAGCGAGCUCAGCACCAUCCCCAAAGGGCUACCGGCCUCCCUCAAUGAGCUCCACUUGGACGGCAACAAGAUCACCGCUAUCGGGGACAGCGACCUCAAGGGCCUGGACCACCUCACCAGGCUCGGUCUCAGCCACAACAAGAUCAGCUCCGUCAAGGACGGGAGUCUCACCCACGCCAGCCGCCUCCUUGAGCUGCACCUCGACUCAAAUCAGCUGAGCCGUGUGCCGCCGGGCCUGGCCAAUCUCAAGCUCAUCAUGUUUGCACUCCACACCUUCUCUCGUGUACACGCCUUUGCUCCUCCGGAGUGA